GGGUCCGCGGCUCCCGGGCUCUCCUGGUGUCCCUUGCUCUCUGCUGCUGAGCCGCCCCUCCCGCGCCGCUGCGAGUGGCCACCCCGCCUUCGCGUGGAUCCCGAGCCGCAGGAGCGGAUCAUGGAGGUGGCAUCGGAGCAGCCUCGCUGGAUGGCGCACCCCGCCGUGCUGAAUGCGCAGCACCCCGACUCGCACCACCCGGGCCUGGCGCACAACUACAUGGAGCCGGCGCAGCUGCUGCCUCCGGACGAGGUGGACGUCUUCUUCAACCACCUCGACUCGCAGGGCAACCCCUAUUACGCCAACCCGGCCCACGCGCGCGCGCGCGUGUCCUACAGCCCGGCCCACGCCCGUCUCACCGGAGGCCAGAUGUGUCGACCACACUUGUUGCACAGCCCGGGCUUGCCGUGGCUGGAUGGGGGCAAAGCGGCUCUCUCCGCCGCCGCUGCCCACCAUCACAGCCCCUGGACCGUCAGCCCGUUCUCCAAGACCCCGCUGCACCCCUCGGCUGCUGGAGCCCCGGGAGGGCCGCUGUCUGUGUACCCCGGGGCUGCGGGUGGGAGCGGGGGAGGCAGUGGGGGCUCGGUGGCCUCCCUCACCCCCACUGCAGCCCACUCUGGCUCCCACCUCUUCGGCUUCCCGCCCACGCCACCCAAAGAAGUGUCUCCAGAUCCCAGCACCACCGGAGCUGCUUCCCCAGCCUCCUCAUCGGCAGGAGGUAGUGUAGCCCGAGGUGAGGACAAGGAUGGCGUCAAGUACCAAGUGUCACUGUCGGAGAGCAUGAAGAUGGAAGGCGGCAGUCCCCUGCGCCCAGGCCUAGCUGCCAUGGGCACCCAGCCUGCGACACACCACCCAAUACCCACCUAUCCCUCCUAUGUGCCCGCCUCGGCACACGACUACGGCAGCGGGCUCUUCCAUCCUGGGGGCUUCCUGGGUGGACCCGCCUCCAGCUUCACCCCGAAGCAGCGAAGCAAGGCACGCUCCUGCUCAGAAGGCCGGGAGUGUGUCAACUGUGGGGCCACAGCUACCCCUCUCUGGAGACGGGAUGGCACGGGCCACUACCUGUGCAACGCCUGCGGGCUCUACCACAAGAUGAAUGGACAGAACCGGCCCCUCAUCAAGCCCAAGCGGAGGCUGUCUGCUGCCAGGAGAGCGGGCACCUGUUGUGCAAAUUGUCAGACGACAACCACCACCUUAUGGCGCCGGAACGCCAACGGGGACCCUGUGUGCAACGCCUGUGGCCUCUACUACAAGCUGCACAAUGUUAACAGGCCACUGACCAUGAAGAAGGAAGGGAUCCAGACCCGGAACCGGAAGAUGUCCAGCAAAUCCAAGAAGAGCAAGAAAGGGGCCGAAUGCUUUGAGGAGCUAUCCAAGUGCAUGCAGGAGAAGUCAUCCCCGUUCAGUGCGGCUGCCCUGGCUGGACACAUGGCCCCCGUGGGCCACCUCCCACCCUUCAGCCACUCUGGACACAUCCUACCCACACCAACGCCCAUCCACCCCUCCUCCAGUCUCUCCUUUGGCCACCCUCACCCGUCCAGCAUGGUGACUGCCAUGGGCUAGAUACAGCUUCCCACUGGACAGACAAGAACAUCAAGGGUGGCUGGCAGAGCCAGAGCGAGGCCGGGUAUUCCCAGGAUGGGUGGAACACACUCUUGGCUCCCGCUCCUCCCGAGAGACCCACACUUCCUCCUGCCAGCCCAGCCUGGCCGAAGCCACCUCUUCUGGGAGGAUUCCCAGCCUUGUGCCGCCAUUACUGUGAAUAUUUCUAACUGGGCUGCAGUGUGUGCCCCGGGUGCUGCCCAGGAAAGUGUUUUCACGGAUAGUUGCUUGGAGAGCAAAAUGGACAGGUUUAUAGCAAGAAAAGGAGCAGACUGGGGACAGAAAAACGAAAACAUUUUUUUUGAAGGAGAAAGAAGUAGGCUAAAAAAAUUAUUUUGCUCUUAUUUUUUACAAGGACGUGAAGACAUGGAGGCAUGGGCUGUUUGUGUUCUCUGGGUCCUUCCUCAGGGCCUACUGCCCUCAGUCAGGGCUCUGGGGAGGGGCAGACUUACAGGGCCCCAACCUGAGCCCCCUCUGCAGCCUGGAGGUAGCCCUUGCCCUGACGCAGCCCUAGAGGGCAGAGACAAUCGCAGGCGGUCCUGCGCGGAUUCCCAGGCCAGGGCUGGGUCACAGGAAGGAAACAUUCUCUGGAAAGGGGAAAUGUCUCCCAGAUCAUUCCCUUGGCUUAGAGAGGCCAAAACUGGUGUGACCCAAAUGGGCUAAGCUGUGGCCUGCGCUCUAGGCCAGUUGGACCCCUGUAAAUACAUCCUUUUUUCUGCUAACCCGACCCCCCUCCCACUCUAAGAUAAAUAAGAAAAUAUUCAAAACAAAAACCAAACUGCAUAAGCUUAACUCGCUGAUGAGUGGUUUUAUUUUUAAACUCGUUUUGGGUCCAGUCAAUUGUACGUUGCCACAGAAGCCUCACCAUGAAAAGAAUAAAACCUACAAACCAGGGCUGAGCUUCACAGUUCUUUCUUGAAUGGUUCUUGGGUC